AUGGCUACAGAGCUUGGACUUCCUAUCACCGCCGAGGCCAUCGAACAGAUGAAGGCCCACGAGGUUAUCCAGGAUGCCGAGUUCGCCGUUGCCGCCGAGGAGGAGAAGCGCCGCAGACACGAUGUCAUGGCCCAUUUGCCCCCCGCCGCCGCCGGUAUCAUCCACUGGGGUGCCACCUCGUGCUACUGCACCGACAACGCCGAUCUGAUCCUGCUCCGCGACGGUCUCGACAUCCUCAUCCCUAAGCUGGCUGUUGUUGUCGACAAGCUGUCCCAGUUCGCUCAGAAGUACAAGGACCUCCCUUGUCUGGGCUUCACUCACGGUCAGCCCGCCCAGCUGGUGACCGUUGGCAAGCGUGCUUGUCUCUGGAUCCAGGAUCUCCUGAUGGAUCUGCGCAACCUCGAGCGUGCCCGUGAUGACCUGCGCUUCCGUGGUGUCAAGGGUACUACCGGUACUCAAGCGUCUUUCCUGCAGAUCUUCAACGGUGACCACGCCAAGGUCGAGAACCUGGACGAGCUUGUUACUGAGAAGGCUGGCUUCAGCUCCGCUUUCAUUAUCUCCAGUCAGACAUACUCGCGUAAGAUCGACGUUGAUGUCGGCAACGCUCUUGGUUCUUUCGGUGCUACCUGCGAGCGCAUUGGCAUUGACAUCCGUCACCUUGCCAUGCUCAAGGAGGUUGAGGAGCCUUUCGAGAAGGAUCAGAUUGGCAGCAGUGCCAUGGCCUACAAGCGCAACCCCAUGCGCUCGGAGCGUCUCUGCUCCCUCGGACGUCACCUGCAGAACCUUCCCAAGGACGGCUUGGACACCUACUCUGCUCAGUGGUUCGAGCGCUCUCUCGAUGACAGUGCCAUCCGCCGUAUCAGCAUCCCGGAGCUGUACCUGACUGCUGACGCCUGUCUCAUCCUCCUGAUACUAGACAACGUCUCCUCUGGCUUUGUUGUCUACCCCGAGGUCAUCAAGCGCCACGUCAACGACGAGCUUCCCUUCAUGGCCACUGAGAACAUCAUCAUGGCCUGUGUUGCCAAGGGUCUCUCCCGCCAGGACGCCCACGAGGAGAUCCGUGUCCUCUCCCACCAAGCUGCCGACAAUGUCAAGAAGCAGGGUAAGGACAACGACCUGAUCGAGCGCAUCCGCCGCACCGCCUUCUUCAACCCCAUCAUCCCGCAGCUGGACACCCUUCUCGAUGCCAGCACCUUCGUCGGCCGCGCCCCCCAGCAGGUGGAGAAGUUCACCAGCACCGAGGUGGCCGCUGCCAUCAAGCCCUACGCCAGCACCAUUGCUAAGGGCGAGACCUCUGCCCUGUACGUUUAA